GGCUCGCGGUGACGCGCGGAUUUUCGGUAACCGCGUACUAUCUGUGUCGGGGGUUGCAUUCCCCGGGAACGGCAUGCUCAACAACAUCUCCGCCGGCGGUUCGGUACACGGUAUUUCCGGAGCGAAGGAUCUUCAUGCACAGGACCUGAAGAGGCACGAGAAGUUGGACGGCGUGCUGGGAGUGAAUUUGGGGACCGGAUUGUCUGCCGGCGGUGGCCUCACGCUACACCAGGAAUUAAUCAUGACCAUGCCUGGCACGGGGAACGCGGCAGCGAUCGGGCAAGGCGAUGACAAGCCCGCCAAGCAGAAACGGCACCGGACGAGAUUCACGCCGGCCCAGCUGAACGAGCUCGAAAGGUGUUUCAAUCGGACCCAUUAUCCGGACAUCUUCCUCAGAGAGGAGAUAGCUGUGAAAAUCGGCCUCACGGAAAGUCGAGUCCAAGUGUGGUUUCAAAAUCGUCGAGCAAAGUGGAAAAAACGGAAGAAGUGCGGCCCAGUUUUUCGUUCCCCACCGGGUCCAUUGCUGCCUUCGCACGGAUUACCCCCGUUUGGACCGAUGAGCUCCGAUCUCUGUGGUGCUGGUAUGUUCAGUGGACCCCCUGAAAGAUGGACAAUGGGAACAGGUCUUGGACAACUGGGACAAGGAGGAAUGGGAAUGAGUGGUUUUGGCCAAAGUUUAGGACAACUUGGUCAGCAAAGUACGGGGAGCCUCGGCUCGAGCUUGGGUCUUGGUAAUUCUGGGCUCCCGAUCAGCAGUCCGUCGCAAGCCGUCUAUCAAGCCAGUUAUGGACUGAAUUCCCUUGGGGGUGUACACGUGUCUGCGUCCCGAGGCUCGCCUCCAGGAGGGUCCAGCGUGGGCGGUGGUCAGGGUGGUGGUCUAGGAUCGGCCUUGAACUGCGGCCAGGGCUCGCCUGGGACGACUUCCGGGAGCGGAGGCGGUGGCGGUGGUGUUUCCUGCGUGGCUGCCGAUGUGAACGCGACCGAGGCGUCGGAUUGGAGAGGCGCGCACAGCAUCGCGGCGCUCAGGCGUCGCGCCUCGGAUGCAUCGCAGCAAUACAGCCCACAGCCACCGCCACCACCCGCAGGACCUCCCCAAUAUGCUCAGGACAUGGAGUACAAUUCCGUUUACUGAGGCCCAGCGAGUUUCACUCUUAAUUCUACGAUAAAUCCUAUCGGGGAAAUGUUUCAAGGAUUCCCUUCGUGGAUGGUUCCGAGCGGUCAACA